AUGGUGAUUGCUAAAAGAAUACAGCAGUCGUUCAAGUUAGACGCGUACCGGCUAAACUAUAACGCUGGACAAUCCAUAUUCCCGCCAGGCACGUCCCUCCCGACAUCCGCAAGUUCAUCGAGUUCUGGUCUCUGCGCCAGCAUCAAGAAGCCAGACUUUGGUAUAUCUAGUUUAUCACUCGGUACACUGACACACCACACUCUCCCGGAGAAAAUCAGGUUAGCUGCACGACACGGAUUCGAUGGAAUAGAAAUAUUCAUUCCGGACUUUGAGGACUUUGUUCGCCAAUGCGGAUUUGGUAUGCACAGCCAGAUCGUUAGUGAACAUGUUCUAGCGCCAUCCUUUGAGGAGGGUUGUGCGUCAGCAAUCAGCGCACUAUGCAAAGAGCACUCUCUAAAGAUACACUGUCUCCAGCCUUUGCGAGACUUUGAAAACAUAGGCGAUAAUGCCGGUCUCCUCAACAAUGCCUUAACAAAGGCUGAUCGAUAUCUUCGAAUAAUGAAACAUCUAAAUACAGAUUUAUUACUCGUUUGCUCUAAUAACCUCGCUCCACUUUCCCCACUUUCCCUUCCCGGCGCUAGUUAUAUCAAAUAUAGGGAUGCUCAAGUGCGAGCACUCAAGGAGCUUGGAUUACGGGCAUCAAAAUUGGAUUUACGCGUUGGUUAUGAGCCGCUCGCUUGGGGUACCGUCAUAAACACUUGGGAGCAGGUCUGGGAUGUCGUCAAACGCGUCAAUAUGGACAACGUGGGUGUGAUAUUAGACACAUUUAACUCACUGGCAAAUUUCUACGCUGACCCCUCUAAGGCAUACGGAGUUAAGGAUGGCAUGACAAUAGAUAAAUUAUAUCAAUACUUAGGAAACAUAUUCGACAAUAUACCACCAAAUAAGCUCUUUCUUUUACAAGUGGCAGAUGCUGAGAGAGUUACAGAGAAUAAUACGUUCCAAACGUCGCGUAAUGCACCAGCGAAGAUGAAGUGGUCGCGCACAUCACGACUUUUCCCAUGCGAGGAGAACAGAGGUGCUUAUCUUCCAGUACAGGAGUACAUGCGCACAAUAAUGGAUUUGGGAUAUACUGGACCGUGGUCGUUAGAAGUCUUUUCAUCCUGUCUCGAAGACGAUAAGGAAGACGCACCGGCUAUCCUAGCUCAGAGAGGUAUAGAAAGCUUGGAGAAGCUCUACUCACGUAUCGCUUAUGACGUCUAAGAAUUUCGAUAAAUUUAUUUCCUCUUUGUUUAUACUGGUUGUAGGGAAAACUAUAUGCUAUAUUAGCCAUACUGUUAUUAGUUAUUGUAAAUUGAUAGUUCUACUU